GCGUACGUAUGGAAUUGUGGUCAUCCGUACGGCCCACACGCCUAAGGUCCAGGGCGCGUUCAGGGCGGCAGGGGGGGGUGGGGCGCGGUUCGGGCCUUGUCCACGUUCGGGCCACUUGUAGGGUGUGAACGAUGGCACCCAGAAAAGGGAGGGGAGAGCAGCGGUUUGUCCCAGUAAGUAAGGACAAACAGAGGCAGGCGGAGCUCAAGUUCUGCGGAUUCAAGUGGAUAAUGAAGGGGCAAACACUGCCGGACUCCAGUGGGAAUUUUCUCAUGGAGUGCAAGUUGUGCGGCCGGGGUUUUCAGGGCAGUCAAUCGAAGGCCGCACAACACUUCACAAUAAAGAACAACUGCGCUAAAGUCACCGAGGAGCAGCUCGUGGAGAUCUGGAACAAGACAAACUACCCGUUCGAUCAGAGCCACCAUCGACAUGGACGUGAGGCGAGAGGCGGAGCGCGCCAGGGGAAAGAUGAGGGUGAGAAGGCCGUUGUCGAGGACAUCACCCCGGACGAGCACGACGACGAUCACGAUGACGACGACGAUCAGGGUCCAGACCUUGGGGCGUCUCUUGAUGCGGGUCUGAUGGCCGCUGGCCGUCGAGGCCAAGAGGGGGCUGCUCAAGCGAUGAAAGACACUGUGCAGUCGAGGAAGAGAAAGAGGAAGGCAACGACACCAGCUCCUCCUCUGCUGAAGAAGGGCAAAGUCCUUCGACAGACUUCCAUGACAGAGACCUUCGAUCAGGCGUGGCAACGUGAUUUUACGAACGAGUUCCUGCAGUGGUGGUACGUGAGCGGGAUUCCAUUCGAGGCGGCGAGGAGGCCGGAGUACCAGCGAGUGAGGAAGCGGUUGCUCGAGUGUCCGCCGUAUACACAUCCUGCGUUGCCCACGCACCAUCUCAUUUUCGGCGACGGUAUUCCACAGCAGCAGCGAGUUGUGGCGGAGAUGGUGGCAGCCGUCCACAAGGGCAUUGCGGCGACGGGAGCGACCAUCCUCACGGAUGGUCGCAAGUCCAUCACUAGCGACCAGAUCGUCAACUUCCUUGUCGCUGGGCCCACGGGAGCCUACCUUUUCAGGACUGUGCAGUGCGACGGUGCUGUCCAGGAGACAACCGAGGUGGUGGUGGAGCGAUGGAAGGACGUGUUCGACAACUUCGGUAUCGAAAACGUCAACGCCAUUUGCACGGAUUCUGCGUCCGCGUAUGUGACUGCAUCCAAGCUCCUGGCGAAGGAGGAGGUCAAGUACAGUCGCAUUACUUGGCUUCCGUGUGCGGUGCAUGUCUGCAACUUGUUGUUGUCAGACAUUGCGAAGGACGGCACCCCCGGGAAGCUUGGGAAGAGGGAGGACACCAUCAUCAGGGCUCGAACAGUCGUGCGGUUCAUCAGAGAGCACGGGGCGGCUCUCGGCCUUUAUCGACAGUUCCCUGCCGCCUACCUCUCUUCCGCCUCCGCUGUUGCGGCCAGUUCCAGCGCUGCGCCACGCUCGUCUCAGCGGCGAGGCAGAGAGCUUGUGUACCCCGCACAGACAAGGUUUGCUACCCACUACUUGAUGUUGGAGAGGUUGUUGGAUCGUCGCCGAGCAUUGGAGGCGUCGAUGAUGAGCGACGACUGGUUGCGGACUGCAUGGAGGAGGUCCAUUUUCUUGCAGGCUAGGUGGGUGCGUCAUCAGGUGCGGUACGCGCCAUUUGAGGAGCACGUGGAGGACAUCGUGGAGCUCAUGACGCCUGUGAUGCAGCUGUUACGCCGUCUGGACAGAGGGGGGCAUGUGAUGACUCGCAUGUGGUCGUGGGCACUUGCCAUGAUCGAUAGGGUGGCGAGCGCGAGACUGAACAGGACGUUGAGGGAGGAGCUCAACAUCGUUGUUCAGGCUUGUCAGGCGUGGGUCGAUCAUAUGUUGGAGCCCGCACAUUGCAUCGCCCACCUCCUCAACCCUCGCCAUAGGAGCAUUACGUAUUUUGGAGCGGCGAGGCGCAGUGAGCACUACAAGACACUCGUGGAGGAGUCACUUCAAUACCUUAGCAAGAAGACUGGGGGAGAUAAGGACUUGUAUCAGACGCUGAGCACGCAGUUGGCUGAGUUUCUUAGCCGGGAGGGCGAUUGGACGUACGGAGGGGUUAAGGGUGACAGGGAUGCGGCCUCCUGCAGAGGGGAGAAGGAGACGUCGCAGGGGUUCAACGUUCUGCCAUGGGAGGACGCUGAGGAGGAGACAGAGGACAACAUUCCUCCGCCUCGUGACGAGGGUGUUCGGCCAGCUGAUCGAGUCACGGAGGCGCAGCGCGAGCGGCAUGUGCAGCGCGGGCGGAAGGAUCGCCUUUCCAGGGCUCCGCACAGCGUCGAGACAUAUUUCGGUCGUCGCGCCACGGUGCUCAUGCCAAUUGAGUUGGACGCUGUGUAUGAUCCCGAGACGGAUCCUAUGGCUCAGGACCCGAUGGAGGCGGAGCCGUGGUCCGAUCCAGACGACCUGGCAGUGGAGUCUGAGCCCGGAGAUUCUGAUGAUGGUGGCGACGAUGAUCCUAGCGCCAAGAUGUUGCGUCCUCGGAUGCGUGCUUCCACUGCAUCCGCUGCACAGCAUCCUCCUCCCCCUCCACCCCCACCCCCGAGUGCGCGUACUUCCACUGCAUCCGCUGCGCAGCAUCCUCCUCCCCCAACACCCCCGCCCCCGAGUGCGCGUCCUUCCACUGCAGCCGCUGCGCAGGAUCCCCCUCCACCUCCGCCUCCGCCUUCGAGUGGUCGUGCUCCCACUGGAGCCGCUGCGCAGCAUCCCCCUCCACCUCCGCCUCCGCCUUCGAGUGGUUGUGCUCCCACUGGAGCCGCUGCGCAGCAUCCCCCUCUACCUACAGAUUGUCCAAGACAUGGCGAGCAGGGGACUCGCGACAUUGUUGACGAGCGAGACGACGACGACGACGAUGAUAGAGAGGGGUACGAGGGCAGUAGUGAGGACGAGGAUGAUCCCGCGUAUUCCCCGAGACGCGGACGUGGUGACGACGACGACGUCGACGACGAGGGCGGCGAUGGUACACAGGCUGCAGGUGGUUUGCGGAGGUCGGGUCGACAUCGUGCCAACCGAUGCAGUAGUGCAGGCAGGGGGGACAAUGGUGCAGGCAGGGGUGUGGGGGGCGCAGGACACACAGGGGGGGCAGGCCGUGGUGGCGGAGGACGGGCGAGGCGAGAGUCUGCAUCCUCCACUCGUACUGUGCACUGGGUUGAUGAGGGUGCCGCGACAGGAGAGGUUGGCGCCGGGUCGGCUGAGUUUGCUGCUGCGUCGGCAGAGGCCGCUGCAAAGGCCGCUGCAGAGGUCGCUGGAGAGUUCGCAGCGGCGUCUGAGGAGGUCGCAGGGGGCUUUGCAGAGGUUGUUGGCGAGGCUGCGCAGGUUGGGAGGGCUUCUGCGCACUUCGGUGUCAGUUUCAGUGGUAUUCUUGAUGUUUCGUUGGGGCCUCCUCCGACACCGGCAGGCGAGGGUGGCAGUGGUGACGCAGCGGCUACGCCCGUCAGUCAGAUACUCCGGGAUGUACCUUCAUGCAGUAUGGGUGACAUCAGUAGCAGCAUGUUGCAGGAGGCAGCAGCGGGGACACAGUGUUCGUCGGGGCAGGAGGAGUGUUCAGCAGGGGACGGUGGGGAUUGUCGACUUGAGCAGGAGCGAGCGCCAGAGUCGGAGCAGGACAGGAUCGAUCGCGCAAUGAGGGAGAGGGUGCAUGACUUGGCUAGCCGUUGCGAGCUGACACAGAGUAUUGCAUCGAGGGCACGGGCAGAGCGGAUGCGCGAGACGGACGGUAGUGAGGGUCAUCAUGUGACGGACGAUGCAGUGCUUGAGUGUGGAGGCGCGGGCGCCGGGGAUGCAAGCGAGAGACCCGCGUCGACGGUUCAGAGUGUUUGUAUAUUGCCUAUCGGUGGGAGCGGCAGCUACGAAAGGACCCAUUGCAGGCAGAUCGGCGCGGACGGAUGGACGAGGCGUCGAGGAGGUUCAUGGCAGAGCGCCUUGCUUACGUGCCCUGCAACCCGUCACUGCCAUCGUCCACCACUGGUGCCACUACCUCCGUACAUGCUAAGGGUCCAGUCACGGUGUGAGGAAACCCGGGGAGGUGGACGCAUGCUGCUCGCUGAAGCCAAGGGCAACAACGUCUGUCACCCGCUGCGCCCGCUUUGGAGGUCCUCAGCGAUCGACAGGGAGUGGAAUUCAAACUUGCCUAUCAAAUUCCCACUCGGAGACUAAGCUCUGAGAUCUUUUGCAAUCGGAUCGAUAAUGAUGAUAAUAAUAAAAAAUAAUAAUAAUAAAGUAAUAAUAACAAU